GAUUGGUUCUUGAUUCUCAUUCUGAAGAGAAUUUAUGUAAGAGAGCUUCAUAGUUCUCCCAGAUUUAUAGUUAGAAGAAGAAGAAGCAGAGAGGCGCUGAAGAUGGCCAACACUGCAGAAGAUGCUUCCCUGGCAGCAGAGGAUGUGUCCGGCAGCGAGGAGAACCUCAUCCACCGUGUGGUGCACAGAGGGGGCUCCAACAGCCGUGCCUUCAAGAUUGCCGGCCUGACCACAUUGGCAUGUCUGCUGCUGGCCAGCCAGGUUUUCACUGCCUACAUGGUGUUCAACCAGAAGCAGCAGAUCCACACCCUUCAGAAGAGCUCUGAGAGAAUGGGGAAACAACUCACACGAGCAUCCCAGGCCGUUGCUCCAGCGAGGAUGGCCAUGCCAAUGAACAGCCUGCCUCUGGUGUCAGACUUCAGUGAAGACGCCAAGACUCCUUUGACUAAAUUGCAGAACACAGCUGUGGUCAGCGUGGAGAAGCAGCUGAUGGAUCUCAUGCAGGAUUUCAGUCUGCCAAAGUUCAAUGAGACCUUCCAGGCCAACCUGGAGACCCUGAGGCAGCAGGUCAAUGAGAGCGAGUGGCAGACUUUUGAGACUUGGAUGCGCUAUUGGCUGAUCUUCCAGAUGGCCCAGAAGCAGCCUCCUGCUCCAACUCCUCAGCCAGCAUCUAUGAUCAAGACCAAAUGCCAGCUGGAGGCAGCACCGGACACCAUCAGCAAGAUCGGCACAUACAAGCCUCAGUGUGAUGAGCAGGGCAAAUACAAGGCCAUGCAGUGCUGGCACGCCACUGGAUACUGCUGGUGUGUGGACGAGUCUGGCAACCCCAUCGAGGGAACCACCAUGCGCGGACGCCCUGACUGUCGCCGAGGCUUGGCUCCUUAUCGCAUGAUGGUUCAACCCAGACUGAUGCAGAGGACCUUUCUUGAUGAUGAGAAAAAGGAUAAGUAAAUGAAGCAGAGCCGAGCCGAAGUGAGGAGUUUCUUCUUCUUCUUAUCCAGUCUUUGCAGAACUUUAUACUCUGUUAUUGUAAAUCUGAUGCAGAUCUGACAACUUUGCAGUUCAAAUCACCUGUAAGCCACCUGUCCAUCUUAUCACCUGAUUUUAAAGUUUGCUGUCUGCUUCGAAUCAAAUCAUUGCAAGCCUGAAACGCCUCGGUUCUUUUUACGUCUUCUGUCACUUUUAAAAGGCUUUUUCCUGGUGUGUCCAUUUAAUUUACAUUAAAAAAAAAGAAAAAGGC